AUGCAGCCUUCGCGGGCAAAGGAGGCCGGGAGCAGGGGAUCGCGGGAGCCGGCCAGUAAGAGCGCGCCAGCCGCCGGGCCCCGCGAGUGGCGCGCGAAGAGGUUGCCUCCGGCGGAACCACCGAAGCCCGGCUGGGCGCUGACGCUGGAGGGGCUGGCAGCCAUGCGCCCCGCGCAGCGCCACCGCCACCUGCUCUUCGGCGACCUGCUCGAGGACGUGGGCGCGUCCGCCUCCAUCUUCCCGCGCGAGUCGCUGGAGCUGGUGGACCGCAUGCCCGACCCGUGCGCGUGGACGCAGCCGCUCGAUCUGCCAGCGCAGCGGCAGAAUCGGCUCCUGGGCGUUCUCAAGGCUGCAGAAGCCCGCGGGCGGAUCCGCGCCCUGCGUCUGCGCUAUAUCCGCAUGAGGGCCGAGGAGAUCUCGUUCCUCAUUCAGCAGCAGAAGUCCGCGCGCGCUGCCAUCCGGCUGGAGAUGUUCCUGCCGCCUCAGCUGAAGCCCAAGAGGAUCCCGGAUCCCCUGGACCGGCAAGAGCGGAGGCGAGUGGAGACUAUCCUGGAGGAGAAGGUGGAUGGGAGCAUCUUCCCGCGCUGACCGCGCCGCGGAGACACGGGACCGCCCACCCCCCAUAUAAAGUUCUGUUUGUCUAGUCGCCCCUGGUCUUUCUGCUGUCCACCCCCCUCUCCACUGGAUCCCCGCAGACAAGGAGAGAGGAUGGAUGCUGCCUGUCCCAGACCCACUGCCACAGACACUGGG